AUGCCUAAAUCUUCACGCCCAAGCACUGCUGGAUCAGGUGCUAGUGGUGGAAGUGAAGGAGGAUCUAAACAUCGUUCUCAUUCCAGAAGAAAAACCGAAGCCGAAGCAGAGGAUGAUUUGACUCCUCAAAAAAAGACUUCAGAUCGCAGAAAUACAACAGAAGAUUCACCACUCAAGACGAAAAAAUCACGUCGUAAAACAACUACAGAUGUAGAUGAAGCAGAUGGAGAAAAUAAUUCUAAAGAUACUAAAAAAUCGAAACUACAUAAGAAAAAAUCAACUAAAAGCGGAAAUGCAGAAGAAAAUAAUGAUGCUGCUCAUGACGAAUUAAAGAAAAAGAAAUCAUCAACGAAAUCUGGAACUGCUCAAGAAAAGAGCAGUACGGUAACCAAAUCAAUAACGAAAACAGUUACAGUUAAGCGUCGUCGUAGGAAAGGCGACAAUGGACCUGGUGAAAUUGUCGAAACUAAAGUUGAGGCGUGA